UCUAAGUAAGAUUUUCUAACAUGAAGUUAUUUAUCACGGUUCUCUGUCUCUGCUUAAAAUUAAAUCAUUAGGGAACGAUAAUAAAUUAUGUUAUGAUCAGGAGUAAAGAAAACUGGCCAAAAAUAUUGUUACAUAUGUAGUACAGAAAACUUAGACAACAACUUCAGAACUUAGCCAUGACCAUAUUUUGUAGAAGUCGAGUAGGAUGGUGGCUGUGUGUAUCAAGGAUGAUUUCUCCUAGCAUUUACUGCAAUUUGAAAGAAAGGUUACAGGAAAGCAGUGUGGGGAUAUUCAGAAUUUAUAGUUUUAGGAGGUCUUCAAUCUUGACAGUUGAGUUAAAAAAAGAUAUUGAAUAUCGCUGGCAAAAGGAAGUAGUUUCAUCAAGUGGGGAUGAAAACGAAACCCUGUCAAGUCAAGAUAAAUUUUAUGUGCUUUCGAUGUUCCCAUAUCCAUCAGGACGACUCCACAUGGGUCAUGUGCGUGUCUAUACCAUCAGUGAUGCAAUGGCAAGAUUCUACAGAAUGAGAGGCAAGAAGGUGAUCCAUCCAAUUGGAUGGGAUGCUUUUGGUUUGCCAGCAGAAAAUGCUGCUAUCGAUGGAGGAAAACAGCCAGAUGAUUGGACUUACAGUAACAUCAGAACAAUGAAAGAACAGUUGAAACAAUUGGGAAUUAGUUUUGAUUGGACUAGGGAGCUGAGUACCUGCAAUCCUGACUAUUAUAAAUGGACACAGUAUAUCUUUCUUCUUAUGUAUCACAGAGGUUUGGCAUACAGAAAAGAGGCUCUUGUGAACUGGGAUCCCAUUGAUAAAACCGUUCUUGCAGAUGAACAGGUGGACGAACAAGGUUUAUCUUGGAGAUCAGGUGCUAAAGUUGAAAAGAAACUUCUCCGACAGUGGUUCCUUCGUACAACGGUUUUUUCAAAAGAUUUGUAUGAUGGUCUGGAAGAUCCCAUGCUUACCAACUGGAGAGAUAUAGUAAGCCUACAAAGACAUUGGAUUGGUGAAUGUACGGGAAGUACUGUGAAAAUGAAGGUGCUAUGUGAUGGGAAAGAAGUUGAUGAUACUUUGUUAGUUUGGACCGACAAACCCGAGUUGAUCUGGGGGUCGUCAUAUAUUAUUGUUUCUCCUGAUCAUCAAUUAAACCAGCCAAAAUUUUACAACUCAUCAUCAUCAUCAUCAACUGUAGGGACGACAGAAGAUUUGUCAAAGGGUGUUUUGCUGAGAGUUAUGGCAGUAAAUCCAUUAAGUGGUCAAAACAUACCAAUUUUCGUUUCAUCUAGUUUUGAAUGUUCUCAUGCUACAGAAUCACAUUUAGGCAUUCCUGGUGAAAUAGAGACAGAUCUGGAAUUUUCUCAGAAUCAUCAUCUGAAGGUUGUCCAUGUGACAGAAAAAUCACAAGAUGGAGAAACUGUACUAAUAAACUCUGGAAAGUUCUCAGGUUUAACGCUUCAAAGAGCAAGAGAAGAGAUAGUGAAGGAGUUGAAGAAACUUAAAAUUAGUGGAAAUCAGACAAGCAAAAAACUGAGAGAUUGGUUAAUAUCUAGACAGAGAUACUGGGGUACACCAAUCCCAAUCGUGCAUUGUCCAUCUUGUAAGGUUGUACCUGUUCCACUUGAUGAUCUUCCUGUGAUGCUACCGAAAGUUUCAACACUUUCAGGUCGAGGAAUCUCUCCUCUUCAUUCAGUUGACAGUUGGAUCAAUACCAAGUGUCCCAAGUGUGGAGGAAAUGCUCAGAGAGAAACGGAUACCAUGGACACAUUUGUUGAUAGUUCCUGGUACUACCUACGUUUCUUAGACCCACACAAUAAUACUGUGCCCUUUGAUACGGAGAAGAUCAAUUCUCUAAUGCCAGUUGAUUUGUACAUAGGUGGCAAAGAACAUGCUGUUAUGCACCUGUAUUAUGCACGGUUUGUCAGUCACUUCCUCCAUUUUGAAGGACUGAUGAAAUGCAGAGAACCUUUUCAGAGAAUGCUAGUUCAAGGAAUGGUUAUGGGGCAGACCUUUAGGGUUAAGGGCACGGGUCAAUACGUGUCUCCAGCAGAUGUAGAAUAUAAAGGUAAAAAGAUUUUAGACAGAAAGAGUGGACAACCCGUUGCAGCAGAAUGGGAGAAAAUGAGCAAAUCUAAACUUAAUGGCGUUGAUCCUGAGUUCCCAGACAUAUUGAAAUGGCAGCAGCGAUUGUGGUCAACUGUGCAGACAUUCAGGAAGUUUCGAGAAGUUCAAAGGAAAAUACAUCUAUCAGAAGAAGAAUGGAAAAAACACGAAGAAUAUCUACUUGACAGCCGAAAUUUUUAUUUGAAAGGGGUUACCUUCAAUUUCCAGGAUUCUUACCAGUUAAGUGUGGCCAUUUCUAAGCUGCAAGGCCUAACAGGUAGCCUCAGACGAGUUCCUGCUGCCAUGAUCUACAGUGCAGAAUAUGAGAAAGCCCUAGCAACACUGAUAAUUUUACUUUCUCCUCUUGCACCACACUUUGCUUCUGAACUGUGGAAAGACUUUAGAGAAUAUGCUUCCCAAGAUGUAGGAGACUAUGAUCUGGAUAAGAAUGUUCUUGAACAGAAGUGGCCCGAGGUCGACAUGAGCUACUGUUUGGACUUGGUCAUUAAGGUAGGUUUCCAGAGGACUGAACUUUGUAAGAGCCAAUUAAUUUAGCUUAUUUUCCAACAUCUGUUGGAGUAAUAAUUUUUAAAAACUAACUUUCUGCUUACAUAUUUUUUGGAUCUUAUAAAAGCAAUCUACCUAUUUAAAUAAUAAAGUAUGUACUGGGAGUAUGUAAUGAUUAGAAUGCACUGAUUUUUGAUUGGGUACUUUCAGUGUUAAGUAGAAAUUUAAAACAGCUUUAAACUAUACGAAUAAAGCCUGAUUAGCUUCUUUGUCCCAGCUAGCCUUCAUCAGAGAUACAAGUGCCCCAGUAUCUAUCUAUCUAAAAAUAUAUAAAGGACAAAAAUCUGUUAUUUAACUACUUCUAGG